AUGUCGCAACUAACUGCUGGUACUUUUACUGACGAGGAAAUGAUUCAAUCCACUUCAGUCAAUCAGCACAAUUCUGACAAUGAUGACGAGGAAGAGGAGGCGGAGGUUCCUGUCAUAUCGUUAAAAGAAGCAAAAUUUUUUAUGUCAGGAUUACAUCAAUUUUUUGAACAAUCUGAAAUGGACGAAAAAAGAUGCGAUACAAUUUUCAAUGCUAUUAUUAAAGGUGCAAAGAAAAGACGUGAUUAUUAUAUUUUACAUAAAUAUGAUGUAUUAACUGUGGCCGAGAAGAAAUAUUUAAUUCAUAAAAAAACGGACGACAAAGAUGAUAUCAAGUAUGUUGUGUCAUACGAAGACUUGUUCGAAAGACUAAGUGAUUAUCAUAUACGUACUGGACAUGGUGGUGUGGGGAAAAUGCGUGCGGCACAUAAGAAAGUGCCAAAUCGUAAAUUGGUUAUCAAACCAAUUGUAAGCAAAGACUUCAACGAGAGAGAUCAAGUUGACUGGGUGGAUUUCCAGUCAUUACCUGACGGAAAAUAUAAAUGGAUUUUAAACUAUCAAGAUCACCAUACAAAAUGUAUAUUUUUAUUUCCACUUGAAAGUAAACGAGCGGUCGAAGUAGCAUCUAAUUUACUCACAAUUUUUUUAACUUUUGGUGCACCGAAAGUUUUACAAAGUGAUUACGGUAGAGAGUUUGUAAAUUCUGUUAUUAACGAAAUUAAGGAACUUUGGCCGGAAUGUAUUAUUGUACAUGGGAGACCAAGACAUCCUCAGAGUCAGGGAAGUAUUGAACGUAGCAAUCAGGAUGUCGAAAAUAUGCUUCGAGCAUGGAUGAAGGACAAUAAAUCUAAAAAAUGGUCUGUGGGAUUGAAGUUUGUCCGAUUCCAGAAAAACUCUUCACACCACCGCAUAAUUGGCCGAUCUCCUUACAAAGCAUUAUUUGGUUGUGAGCCUAAGGUUGGAUUAACAACAUCUAAUUUACCAAAAGAAGUUUCUAUACAAGAAUAA